GACGCAUGUGGAUUUUGGUGCCCAUGGGUAAUGAGAACGUGGGAAUGAUUGAAUGCCAUUCAGGAAUCAUCAGACUUGCAGGGAGACACGAUUCAAUUGACGGCAAAUCUAAUCUCUGUCCUCUCUCUCUCUCUCCAUGUUGGGAUCACAUGUUCGGGUUUUCCACUGAUGUUUUAGGCUUUCCUAUUUAUGGUAGCUGCUCUUGGUUCCUAGGAAUCCUCAUUGCCCCCAUUUUCUUGCUCUUCUCACGUCUCCUCCCUCCUCUCUGUUUCUUCCAUCUUGGGCAACCGAGAGAUGGCAAAACCCACUCUUGCAGUAGCGGCUCUUCUCGCGUGCUCUUACCUUGCCGUGACUGUCAAUGCCUUCUCUCCCUCGGGGUGGACUAAAGGCCAUGCCACCUUCUAUGGAGGGAGUGAUGCUUCUGGAACCAUGGGGGGAGCGUGUGGAUACGGGGAUUUGUAUUCAGCUGGGUACGGGACUAGAACAGCUGCCCUGAGCACUGCCCUUUUCAAUGACGGCGCUUCGUGCGGACAGUGCUACAGGAUGAUAUGCGACCACAUUGCGGACCCCAAGUGGUGCAGGCCGGGCGCGUCCGUGACCAUCACCGCGACCAACUUUUGCCCUCCAAACUUCGCUCUUCCGAGCAAUAACGGUGGUUGGUGCAACCCUCCCCUCCAACACUUUGACAUGGCUGAGCCCGCGUGGGAAAAGAUCGGCAUCUACAGAGGCGGGAUCGUCCCCAUCUUGUUCCAAAGGGUCCCCUGCAAGAAGCACGGCGGGGUGAGAUUCACCAUCAACGGUCGAGACUACUUCGAGCUCGUCCUCAUCACCAAUGUCGCGGGAAGCGGAUCGAUCCAAUCUGUUUCGAUCAAAGGGUCGAAAACGGCCUGGAUGGCGAUGUCAAGGAACUGGGGGGCCAAUUGGCAGUCCAAUUCCUAUCUGAACGGCCAGUCUCUAUCUUUCAGGGUCACUACUACUGACGGAGCGACUCGAGUCUUUGAAGACAUCGUGCAGUCGAACUGGGCUUUCGGCCAAACAUAUUCGAGCUCUAUACAGUUUUGAUUCAGUGAAGGUUGUGAUCCUAAUGAGAGAGAGAAGUUCACUUGAUGGCAGAGGCGUGCUUGUUGCUUUCAAUGCUUUGCUGAAGCAGCCCGCCAUGGUUUGGAGGAGAAAUACCAACUUCAAAUCUAUGCGGAGACGAGACUUGAAAGACCAGAUUAGUGAUUUUGGCUGUUGCUAUUAUGUUUAGCUUCGAGUUUACUCUGAUUCGUUGGAUUAUUUAUGCAUAAAUCAAUAAGACGCACAAUGAAAUGGUAUCUUGCUCGUUUGGAAUAAUGUAAAUUCGCUUUAUAUAGACUUGCUUGUGAUGGAAGAAUGAUCGGCCGACUUAAUUUUCA